CAAUGCGGCACUCAGUGCGCAUGUGCUGAAUUACAGGAAGUGUUAACAUUUUCUUUCACCAGCUGAUAUCAGCCAAAUUGUCAACAGUCAAGCUUUGCGAUACCUGCACUGCUGCUGCAACCACAAUAUAUAAGGAGUCAAGAGAGGUCAAGACACCCAUCAGCGAGACUUGACCCCACUCUGGAAGUGACUGACAUCCCAGAAGCACCUGUCUCCACCCCAGGGAGGAGGCCUAGCCCCCCUGCCGUCUCCUACAGCGGGCCGGUAUGAGCUCCAGAGGGAGUGGAGGCCGCUCCAACGGCACACUUCCACAGACCAAGAUAUGCCAGUUCAAGUUGGUGCUGCUGGGCGACAUGGCUGUGGGCAAGUCCAGCCUGGUGCUGCGAUUCGUCAAGGGACAAUUUGAUGAGUUCCAGGAGACAACCAUAGGAGCUGCGUUCCUGGCUCAGUCGGUGUGUCUAGAUGACACCACAGUGAAGUUUGAGAUCUGGGACACUGCAGGACAAGAGCGAUACCACAGCCUGGCUCCGAUGUACUACCGCGGCGCUCAGGCUGCCAUCGUUGUCUUUGACAUCACCAAGCCGGAGACCUUUGAGAGAGCCAAGGCCUGGGUGAAGGAGCUGCAGAGGCAGGCCAGUCCUAACAUUGUUAUUGCGCUGGCCGGGAACAAGGCUGACCUGGCAGAGAGGAGACUAGUAGAGUAUGAGGAAGCCCAGACGUAUGCCGAGGACACUGGCUUGCUCUUUAUGGAGACCUCUGCUAAAACGGCCAUGAACGUCAAUGAGCUCUUCCUGGCUAUUGCAAAAAAGAUGCCAAAAACAGACACCCAAAACCCAACACAUGCAGCGCGACACCGGGGAGUCAACCUCCAGGACCCAGAUGCCCACUCUAAUCGAGCCUGCUGUGGUGGGAACUAGACCUCCGCGACUCCCACCAGUAUCCCACCAUCCACACCACCACAGCCCUUCAACCACUCCGUCUCCUUCAAACAACCUUCAGGGGUGGGCCUGACGCGGGGGGAGCCCAGCAUCCACUCACCUCCUUACCCUCCAUUCAUCCUCCUGUCAAAGCAGACAGAAAUUCAAAAGGAGAGGAAAGGAAGAGCAAACAGAGUUGGAGGAGAAAGACACCAUGUUUCACAACCAAGGUUCUGCAUUUGGAUAGAACAAGGGAAGGAAAAAUAUAAAAUGUGGAAGACAGUGGCAAGCCUGUUGUAGUAUUUAGCACUAAUUGUGAAUUUUCUUUUGUUUUCGUUCUGCCUUGCAUCAUCUCAGUCACGGCCCUGAUUGCGUAAAAAAUGCACAAAAUGAGCAGCACACGUGGCGAAGAAAGGAAAGGAGAAAAAAGGGCCAAGAUACAAAAAACAAAGAAGCCAAAUUGUUAGGUUGUGACCGCUUUUUUCUUCUCCUUUGUCAGAGCUUGCUUUGCCUCCUCCUAGUCCUGAAUCAAUCAAAUCCUGCUGUGAAUAAUGCCACAUAUUGUACCCCUGGAAUGAUCCCAUAAUUUGUAAUCCCUCCCUGACCUUCCAUCAGACCCACGACACAGUUUGACCAACAGUAGUCCAUUUGUACGUAUUUAUUGUCCGGUGUUUUGACUUCUCCAGAGGCACUCCUACUCAUAGUUUCCCUUCAUUUUGUCCAGAUAGAAACAAACAUUUAAACUACAAGAUUGCUGAUUUUACAUUGUGGUUCUCAUUCAUUGAUACGUUUGGUCCAACAGACUUGGCUUGUUUACUGAAAGUUUGCUGAAGUGCCGUGUUCCUGAAACGUUUGGGGUUUCAAUGACUUGCUUGAGUGCGCCACAGGCUGUAGCUCUUUACACAGCAACAAGAAAGACUUGAUCUGGAGUGUAUGUAUGUAGUCACAUGACUUUUGAGCUGAAAACUGUAACUAAUUACAUGUCUGUAGCAGAGAAUAUAUCCCUCAAACCCUAAGAAAGUAGUAUUGUAGGGCUGCAAAUAACGAUUAUUUUCAUUGUCGAUUAAUCUGUCGAUUAUGUUCUUGAUUAAUCGAUUAGUUGUUUGGUCUAUAAAAAGUCAGAAAAUGGUGUAAAAUGUUGAUCAAUGCCCAAGAUGAGGUCCUCCAAUUUCUUAUUUUGUCAACAACUCAAAGAUAUUCAGUUUACUGUCAUAGAGGAGUAACGCCGAAUUCACACCAGAGCAGUGGCGAAGUGCGGUCUGCGGCGAGCUGCCAUGCAAUGUCUAUGAAAAGCUGCAGCCCGAGCUCAGCAACCUGCGGUCCUUUCAUUUUGCGGUGAAGUGCGGCCAAACAAAAGUUGGGCAAAGUUUAACUUUUAGCGGUGAAGUGUGGCCAGAGAGGACCCGGAGCCAAUCAGUCAACAGAUCCUGUGACAUGUUGAUCUAUGUUACAAAGAAUUUCUUCCAGCCUGAAACACAUGAGCACACCUCCCGGCUGCAGAAAGAUGUAAUCAUUCGCCGCUACCUGGUGUGAAUUCAGCUUGAAGAAACCAGAAAAUAUUCAUAUUUAAGAAGCUGGAAUCAGAGAAUUUUGACUUUAGUUUAGUUGGCGAUUAAUUUAAUAAUUGAAAACUAAUCGAUUAAUCAUUGCAGCUCUCUAGUAUUGCAUCAAAUACAAGACCUACUAAGUCCCUGUACUGAAUAAAUAGCUUAAUGUCAUAGCAGGAAAUGUGGUUGUCCAUCUAUGGCUCUGCCCAGGUUAAUUUAUUUGCAUCAGAUGAAUGAUAUAUUAGAGAAGGAAUGAAAGGCAGGAGGAUAAGAAAAUAUGAGGUCUGUAAUAAACUUGUAUCAUGUAGGAGAAAACCUGCCCAUCUGGUGUUUAACGUGUCCCUCAUCUGUCCCUUGUCCUAAGGUUGUUGGUGAACAUGAAAUCAUAGUGAUCUGAAAUGGUUUUACUUAUUCAUUUAACUUAAUAUGAUGCUCUUAAAAUAGAGUUGUGUGCUCGGUUGCUGUCCAAGGCUUGGCUGAAGUGAAAAUGAGGAAGUGAAUUGAUGAAAACACAAAAAAAAGUGCCUAUUCCCAGUUUUCUUUUUCUGUGAAUCAUGUUUGUGUGCUUCGUAGGCAAAGUGCAGGAAACACAUUUCCCUGAUAUUGGCUUGUACUAUAAACCAAUAACGUGGCACCCUGUCAUUAGGCUAUUCUGUAUUGGCUCUUUGUAUGGAUGUAAAGAGAUCUUGUUGAAUACACUGUAUGUUAUAUAUUAUUGUCUUAAUUUUAAUGAAAGUGUAUGUUGAUUUUAGCAGAGCACACAUGUGAACCUGGAAUGGAUUUAAUGGUUUAAAAAGGACUCUAAUUAAUGUUAUAAAUCUGUUUGAUUUAAACAAA